AGCCAAAAAGAAGAAAACACGUUAAAAUUGACGUGGACUAAAGUAGCUGGCUUGCAUAGAAAUAAUAAUGUACUACAUUUUCUUUUAAGAAGCUUAUUGAUCAAGAAAAAUAAAGUUAAAUUAAGUUAACUAAUGGUAUUUACUGAAUGAAGAUGGCCAUAAAUUUCAAAAUGUAUGGUGUGGUGUUUUCGAUACUGUUAUCUUUAUUAUUAAGUCAACAAACCGAUGCUGCUGCAGUGAUAUCCAUUGAUUUUGGUUCAGAAUGGAUAAAAACCGGAAUCGUUUCGCCGGGAGUUCCUAUGGAAAUAGUGCUAAAUAAGGAAUCCAAACGAAAAACACCAGCUGUUGUUGCAUUUAGGGAUGAAGUUAGGACAUUCGGCGAAGAUGCUGUGACAGUUGGCGUUAAAUUUCCUAAAAAUGCGUAUAAAUAUCUUCUAGAUCUUUUGGGCAAGCCAUAUGAUCACCCAUUAGUACAAGCCUACAGAGAAAGAUUCCCAUAUUACGAGAUUGUAAAAUCAGAAAGAGGAACGCCAGAAUUUGUUCACGAUGAAAAGACAAGGUUUACCCCAGAAGAGUUGGUAGCUCAACAACUUGCUAAUUCCAAAGAAUUCGCUGAAAUAAGCCAUGGUCAACCAAUCAGUGAGUGUGUCCUUACCAUCCCCGGCUACUUCAACCAAGCUGAGCGUAGGGCUAUGAAGGAAGCUGCUUCUUUGGCAGGCUUAAAUGUACUUCAACUAAUUAAUGAUUAUACUGCAAUUGCUAUCAAUUAUGGUAUUUUCCGGAGGAAGGAAAUCAAUGAAACGGCAUGGCACACACUUUUCUUUGACAUGGGAUCGGCAUCCACAAAGGCGGCGUUAGUUGAAUACAAAACAGUGAAGACAAAAGAAAAGGGAUAUGUCGAGACAGUACCACAACUGCAAGUGAUUGGUGUUGGAUUUGAUAGAACCUUGGGUGGAUUAGAAAUGACUUUACGGUUAAGAGAGCAUUUGAUUAAGGCAUGGGAAGCGAACGGAGGUGGUGAUGUAAGGGCUUCACCGAGGGCUAUGGAGAAAUUGUUCCGAGAGGCUGAGAGAGUCAAGAUCGUAUUAUCAGCCAAUACUGAACAUUAUGCGCAGAUUGAGAGCUUACUUGAUGAUAAGGACUUCAAGUUACAAGUGACCCGUGCUGAUCUAGAAGGCUUAUGCUCUGAUCUUUGGGCACGCGUGUCGAACGUUAUCCACCGAGCCAUUUCAUCAGCCGGUGGAGCGGGUGCUGGAGCCAAAGUGAUAGUGGCCGGUGGUGCUUCAAGAGUACCCGCAGUACUUGAGGCUUUGAAAACAGCAGCCGGCGUUGAUCCCCAUAAAUCCAUCAAUGCUGAUGAAGCAGCUACCCUUGGGGCUGUUUAUAGAGCUGCAUCUCUCGCGACGGGAUACAAAGUGGCAGCCCUCAACGUCAGAGACGCGGUUCUAUUGCCCAUACAAGUGGUAUUCAGCCGACAGGUUGAUGGAAAUGAGAAAUUGGAAAUGAUAAGAAGAACUCUCUUCGGCCCGAUGAAUCCUUACCCCCAAAAGAAAGUAAUUACCUUCAACAAACACACAGACGAUUUCAGUUUUAACGUCAACUAUGCUGAAUUAGAUCACAUCCCAUCCAAUGAACUGGAAAACAUUGGUACAUUAAACCUAACGCAAGUUGUUCUCACUGGGGUCAGUGAUGCCCUUAACAAAAAUGCGGGAGACAACGUUGAAAACAAAGGCAUCAAAGCACAUUUCAAUAUGGAUGAUUCUGGAAUUCUUAACCUAGUUAACGUAGAAUUCGUCGCAGAGAAAACUGUCACCGACGACGAAGAUACCGAUAGUACGUUAUCUAAAAUCGGAAGUACUAUUAGCAAACUAUUCGGCUCAGACUCAGAAUUGCCAGACAAAGCGGAAGAAAAAUCUGAAGAACAACCCCAAGAAGCCGAGAAGAAUGAUACCACCAAAGCUAACGAGACCACAACUGAAAAACAAAACGCAACGGAACCAGAAAGCAAACCGAAACCAAAAAUUGUUGUUCUAAAAGAACCCGUCAAUGCUAACGAGCAGAUACUAAACUUACAACCGUUAUCUCCAGACCAAUUCAAAACAUCAAAAUCCAAGAUAAACAAACUCAACGAAAUCGAUAGAAAGCGAAUCGAAAGAGAAACAGCACUUAACAACUUGGAGGCAUUCGUUGUUGACGUACAAAUGAAAGUAGACAUGGAGGAGUAUGCAGAAUGUGGAACUCCAGAAGAGAUCGAGGUAAUCAAGAAACUCUGUAGUGAAGUUUCCGAUUGGCUCUAUGAUGAUGGGUAUGAGGCUGAGACUGCUAAGUUCGAAGAGAAAUUAAACGCAGUCAAAGAAAAGACAAACCAGAUGUUCUACAAACAUUGGGAACAUAGGGAGAGACCAGAUGCGAUUGCCGCAAUCAAAAGUGUUCUAAACAAUUCUCGGGAAUUCCUCAAAUCGGCCAAGAAUUACACCAAAGAAGCUAGCCCUGAAAGAGAUGUGUUUACUGACGUAGAGAUAUCGCUUUUGGAAAAGAAAAUUGAAGAAACUAAAAGUUGGGUGGACAAAUCCGUUGCAGAACAAAACGCGCUCAAAAAGAACGAAGAUAUAAAACUGACAGUCGAAAGUAUAAGGGAAAAAAUAACAAACUUGGAUCGUGAAGUUAAGUAUCUGCUCAACAAACUGAAGAUUUGGCGCCCCAAGAAACCUAAGAAGGUGGAGAAUAAAACAGAGACUCCAACUGAAUCGGAAAAAACGGAGGGUCAAGAAAAACCGGUCGAGGAACCUGAAAAGUCGAAGGAGCCGGAAAAAGUAGAAGUCGAGGAAGAGGCUACGGAAAUACCGCAGUUAGAUAAUGAACAUUCCGAGUUAUAAUGACGCUAACUUAAUUUAUUUAGUUAAUUUAAUUUAUUAGGGCGUUCGUUUUUAUACCGCGUAAAGCACAAUUAUGUUUUAGAUUUGUUGGUGUUGAUUGUUGAAUAUUUGGUUCAUCUAAUGUUCCUUAAUUUGGAUGUGAAAAACGAAUGUGCUAUUUAAUCUCAAUGCCGCAUUUUUCAAGUUAAUUUUUAUAAAAAUUUCAUUAAAACACAAUUUCCUUUGUUGAAUUUAUUUACGUCCAAUUUUUUACAGCGGCGUCGUAAGCUAAGGAAAAAUGGCCCCAAUGAAUUCGCUAUGUAAUUGUAAUUUAUGUGAUAAUGUGAUAUGUACUGUCUAUUUAUGAGUGUGGACCCUUAAUGUUCUCCCAAUAAGUGCUUAUAAUAGCGAUUUUGUUUGGAGUUUUUGGUUAGAAAUGUCGCUAUAAGUAUAUGGAGUGGAGUUAUUAGAAUCGAUGUCGUUAUCCAUGAAACUGUCAGUAUAAUGUAAGUGAGAUUUAUUCUGUACCCAGUCGCAAAUGAUAAUAAAUUAUUGGAAAUUAA